AUGAGCUCAUUUUCUUAUCAUGGUGAUCAGAAUUUCCCUGCUGCUCCAACGUUUUUGCAAGUUAUGCAAUUUGCGGGGCAGCAUCCUGGUGGCCUUGGAGUUCCUGCUGUUGACAUGGCAUUCCCUGGCUAUGUUACUCACCCCAAUGGAAUGGGGAAUUCAGAAAUGACAUGGCUACCUGUUUUGGCUGGUGCUGCUGGGGCUUUAGGUGCUGCAGGAGCUUUAGGGGCAACAUAUUAUUCACCUUAUAUCACAAUGGAUGGUGCUUAUCAUGCUAGGCCAUCUGGCCAGACCUCUGCAUUGACUCCUACAAGUGCAUUAAGAGGUAGAGUGUAUCUUCCUCAAGAUGAGCUAGCCCAAUAUGGGCUAUGUGAUGACGAUGUUUACUCAAGAAGAGUGACUGAUAAUUGGAGAGAAUUCAUGAAAUGGCAGAUUAACCGGGCUAGGUUUUACUUCAACCAAGCCGAAGAAGGAGCUUCCAAGCUUGACAAAGAUAGCCGAUGGCCGAUAUGUUCAUAUUUAAAUUUCAAAUCUUUAUUACUCCAUUAUUUAUCCCAAAAAGUGGUUUCAUUGUUAAUGAAAGCUAUUGGAUGGCAGGGAGGAAGUAUAUUAUCCCUUGAGACACUAAAACGUGUGGUGGUUGCUGGAAAUAGGGCAUGGGAUGCACUUGUUGCACAAGGUCUUAGGGCACUUCAACCACAUGGCAGUGACUACAAUGACCAUAACAAAGAUCCCACACUUUCAACAGACUGUUUUGCUUCAUCAACUCCGUCAGCUUUGUCUCAAACAUUUGCUUAUCUGCUUCCAUAG